GGAACGGUCCAGGUGCACUUCCUACUACCGGAACGGUAGCUGGAGCACCAGAGGCAGUUCUUCCUGGGCAGGUAGUCGAUAAAGCUGCUGCUGCUGCGGGAGGAGAAGGAGCUGCGGCACCAGGACAAGCACGAGGUGGCGCUGUAGCUCAAGGUGGACAUGUGGACGAUGCAAAUUACAAGUAGGAACGAAGCUGCACGCCUUUGCAAUUUUUUACGCGUCCGCUUGAACUGACCAUAUCUCUGUAGUAUGUGGCAAUUUACCUGCUCCGUGUCCGACAAUAUUGACGAAAUGCACAAUCAUCACAGCUCCGCGACUCACUCUAGUGAGUUGUCCUUGUAGUGCUGUAGUCUUUCUUUUGCAAGUGGUUAGU